GAUACCACUUGAGAAAGACGGUGGCAUCCUCAAAAGGGUUGAUAUUUAUUUACAAUCUACAGCAUGGAAGGUAUUGUUGUGAGAAGGGUCAUUCCCUCGGAUAACAGUUGCCUCUUUAAUGCAGUUGGAUAUGUGAUGGAUCGUGAUCAAACGAAAGCAGCUGAGCUGAGACAGGUUAUAGCUGCAACAGUAGCAAGUGAUCCGCAGAAAUAUUCUGAAGCAUUUCUUGGGAAGCCGAAUGCAGAGUACUGUAACUGGAUUCUUGACACACAGAAAUGGGGAGGUGCGAUUGAACUUUCAAUAUUGGCGGAUUAUUAUGGACGCCAGAUUGCUGCAUAUGAUAUCCAAACAUCAAGAUGUGACUUGUAUGGUCAGGAAAAGGGUUAUUCAGAAAGGGUGAUGCUUAUUUAUGAUGGUCUCCACUAUGAUGCUUUAGCUGUGUCGCCCUUUGAGGGUGCUCCCGAGGACUUCGAUCAGACGAUAUUUACCGUACAGAAAGACAGAAGCAUUGGACCUGUUGAGAGACUUGCUCUUAAUUUUGUUAAGGACCAACAGAGGAAGAGGAGAUUCACCGACACCGCCAACUUCACCUUGCGCUGUGGUGUAUGUCAAAUCGGAGUUGUUGGUCAGAAGGAAGCUGUGGAGCAUGCACAAGCAACCGGUCAUGUUAACUUCCAGGAGUGUAGCUGAUGAUCUAAGAAGAAGAAACU